UUGUUUACUUUGUGGUGACUCAUAUUCCUUAACUGGAUUCAAAAAUCAUUUCUAAAUUUAAAUGUUCUUGGUUCUGCAAAUUAGUCAUCGGUUGCAAUUUGGUUCUAUUAAAACCAAUCAAAUUAUUCAUUAGAAAAAGACAUCUGCAGAUGACAAGAGACCAUGAAAGAAGGAGACAGUUUAUGCGAUUCUGUGUCUGUUGAAUACAACAUUACCAAGAAAAUGGAACAGCUGAACAGCAGUGAUCAUACAAGUGCAGAGGAGAAAACGGAUGUCAGAAAACCUGAACAAAUAGAAGAAAGUGACGGAGAUGUUCUGAUUAAUCCAGAUCCAGAUGAAUUUGAACUGAAUCUGACCGACUUGCCAGAGGAAAUUCUAAUACACAUUGCCUCAUUCGUCGAAUCCCGAGUGAUCAUCUCAGCGCUGUACGGAACCUGUAGGCUGUUCUAUGCCUUAUUCUCCGAUGAACGGUACUGGAAGACGAGAAUCGCACAGACGUUCCAUAAGUCUUACCCUAUUUUUGAAACUAAGGGUUUCAACUGGCGUAGAGCAUGUAUGGAACGAGAAGAGCUUCACGAUUUGUGGUCCAACCCUGGCAAAAACUUCGACCACUUCAUAGUCAAUCAGGGAUUCUUUGCUGCAGUAGAUGUGGUGCACUUAAUGAAGGAAGGCCGUUACCUGGUGACAGGUUCACGAGACAGAUACAUGAACAUCCUGGAUCUCAGCAAACAUUCCACUGAGGCUCAACAACAGAGUGAUGAUUUCACCGUCUUCCAUGACGAUAAAACUCAUAAGGGAUGGGUGUGGUCGAUGGCGUCACAGGGAGAUUCACUGGUGACAGGGUCAUGGGACACGUACAUCCGCAUGUGGGACACGGGGGAUGGAAACGUUGCGCUGACCUAUGACAAAAAGUUGAAAACACCUGUCCUUGGCCUCUAUUAUGAACCCAACUUCAUAGCCGCUGGGGGUUUCGACAAGCGUCUCCACAUGUUUGAUCCUCGAAGCCCGGACGAACCAAUGCGAAAGUGCUACCACACCCAUCCUCUUCUGUGUGUCACUGGGGAUGAUAAGUACAUUAUCUCAGGCAGUGAAGACAAGGUCAUCUCUAUAUAUGACAGAACUGCGGGGAAAAAGUAUAAACAGAUUAAGAUGGAGAGUAUGGUGUUAAGCCUAAGUUAUGGUGGUGGCCAGCUAUGGGUCGGAGAUAAACAGGGAAACCUGCGUGUGCUCGAUGCCAGAGAUGCUCUCUUUGAUGAGAAUAACAUUCAGACCAUAGAUGUAGGUCACUCCGGCAAACUGACGGGAUUGAUCCACACAGAUGGGGGCGUGUUCACGUGCUGUUCUGACUCCAAGGUCAAGGUCAUAGAGCCAUGUCUGGAUGCAGACGUCAUCACUACCCUCAAUGCACAUUCCGGGGAAGUGGCAGGGAUCAGCUACAAUAAUGGUGUUUUGGCGAGUGCCGGGGCUGACAUUACUGUUGGAGUAUGGCUACCAAAAACCAGGGCAUUCUGAAAUGCUUGGAGUGAAAUCUUGUCUAUUGUUAAAGUUUAUAUAGUCAUUUGUGACUUCAGGACACUGUAGUAUUAGUGUUGUUGUUACCAUAGUAUGUUCUGCAAAGUACUGCUUUCCACAAAAUAUCAACAGCAAUUAACAAAAUGUAUGGAUAAUCUGAUCCAAGACUAGUAUUGUGCGCUUCACAUGCUGUAGAACCAAAUGUUUUGCAUACAUUCCAUAUCCCUGGGCCGAGGGAUAAUCCUCUGGAAUUUGCACAUACUAGAUCAGAUGAUAACACUGAAUAUAUGGAAGGUGGAUUUUCAUUGGUUGUUUUAUUUUUAGAUGUAUCCAAAUCGGCUGAAUUUCAAUUUAUAUGGUAAAUCUGAACGGAUUUCAUGUUACAAAAAAAAUUGCAUAAAAAUGUGUUGUUUACAAGUAUUUGUGGUGCUCUUGUCUCGUUUGUUUGCAUACUGUGAUAGUUCAUUCAAUAUGUUCACUAUGCACAUACGCCAAGAUGUAUACUACCUGUUAUGUAUUAUUUUCAUCUUUGUUUCAUCCGGAUUUAUUUAAGAAAAACGGUUGCGUUAUUGUCAUAGCCGCGUGUUGUUAUUGGUAUAGUAGUUGGUGUCAUUUUUCUAAAACCUUGGCCCAGGGCUGCCGUUGAAGGAAGUUUGGAAGUAUAUUACUCCCUAGAAAUGAGUUAAAACUUCUAAAAUGGAUUCCUUGGAAGUACAAAAACUUCUAUAAUUUUGAAGAAAACUUCCAAAGUUGAAAGCUUGGAAGUUCAAAAUAUCAAAACUGUCAAUAUUACUUUUAUGGUCACAAUUUCAAUAAAUCUUGAAAUAAAAUGAAUUAUUUCAAUAUAAAUCUGUGAAUUUGGCAAGUUAUAGUUGCAAAUAGUUUUAUUUUUAACAAACAAUUUGAAAAAUAGUGGAAAAAAGUAUUGUAUUCAAGAAACUUCCACAUUUCAGUUUAAACCUUACAAUAAUGAUGGACAGGAAGUUCAUAAUUUACUUUCAAAUUCUGAAUGGAAGCCCUGUUGGCCAUAACUAUUAAACAGUUGAAGAAAUAAAGCAACUUUCUACACAUAUUGCCAGAGACAAUACGUUCAUAUAUGGAUAACAAGGCGCAUAACUCUGGCCUUGAUAACUGUAAAUUUGUGCCCCUUCGACAUAAGGAAAAACAACGGACGAGCAUUGUUGCUUCUGUUGUUCUCUUGUUUUUUUUUAAUGCAUUGUUGAAAUUGUUUGUAUUGAAUUGUCAUGUUUAGAGCGUCAAAAUCCUGUUUGCCUUUGCAGUUGAUUGAAUUGAAAAUCAAAUUAGUUCUUCAUUAAUUGUGUCGCUGGCGUCAUGGUUGAUGUUUUGUUUUUCAGUUUGUGCGUGUGUUCAAUGUAUAUUAAUGUGAUCUGAUAAAUACGAAACACAAUUUUGCUCUUACUAUUAAUUAUGAACUACGCUUAGCAAUUUUAACCAACAGAUCGACCAAGAAUACUCAAUUGUGCAAGAAAAUCAGGAUAUAAAACAUAAUCUGAUUGUAGAAUCUGCAACAGUUGUUGUCUUCGGCAUUGUCAUCGUCAUCAUCACACUUUCAUCAUCACACUUUCGUUUCAUAUCUUUAAAAUUUUUAUGCACAUUGAUGGCUGGUCAUGGUCAGUAAAUAGGCCUUAUUGGUUUUGGGGUCAGUAGGUCAAGGUCAUGUUGACAGACGACAGAUCCGAUUAGCGGAAUUCUAGUUAAUCAAUUAAUUUCAUUAUAUGCGACUUUAUUCACUGUGGUAAUUCUUGAAACCUUACUGAUAUUAAGAAUGGAUGUUUUGAUGUGAUUAAAUAUGAAACCUGCAACAUAUGUUCUUGACUUUAUUGAAUCUGAUACCUCUCUGCGACUAUAUUCAUUGUGUAUUAUAUAAACAAAUACAUAUAACAUACAGAUAUUUGGAUCAGAUUAAAUC